AUGGUGUUGAUUGUAUGUGUUUUCUUUCAGUUUGAAAUAGGCAUGAGUGAGGGAGGCGAUGCAAAGUCCUCCGGUACACCGAUAGCAGAGCUUGGGGUCGAACAAAUAAGUGCUCUUCAACGGCAAGUUGACCAAGAGCUAAGCUUCUUUCAAGAAUCCGCUAAUCAGCUUAAGAUGUACAUACGAGCCGAGCUAUAUGAUCCAGAUCGUAUGCUCGUUGAAAUGGGAACUGGAUAUUUCGCAGAGGUUAGCCGCGAGAAAGCUCGCGAUUUUUUCGAACGUAAGAAGAAGUACAUCGCAAAACAGCGGCUAGAUGGUCGUACAUUGAGCGAUUUUCGCCAGGUGAAACUUGUUGUUGGAUCAGAAUGUGGUACUGCAUUGUGCACUAUGGGAGAAACAAAAGUGUUGUGUGCUGUGAGUGCUUCACUAACGGAACCGCGCACCACCCGCCCCAAUAAGGGUUUCAUCACGGUCGAUGUUGACAUGAGUCCGAUGGGCAACCCAGCGCAAGAACAUAAUCGCCUAGGCGAACGAGGACUUGAACUGACUCGCAUGCUUGAACUGGUGCUGAGAGACUCACGAUGUAUUGAUGUUGAGUCUCUCUGUGUACGAGCACACAAAGAAGUUUGGAAAUUAAGAGUUGAUGUGCGCAUCCUCGAUGACGACGGUGGUCUUCUGGAUUGCGCUUCGGUCGCUGCCGUUGCAGCCCUCUAUCAUUUUCGCCGUCCGAAUGUCACGGUCCAGCCGAAUCACACUUUAAUUCACUCCGAAUACGAACAAGCGCUCGUGCCACUCAACAUUUACCACAUGCCCAUAUGUGUCUCAUUUGGUUUCACGAAAAAUGGGAACGCUGUCGUCGUUGAUCCUACGGAUAAAGAAUCACAAUGUCUGUACGGGUGUCUUGUGAUUGCGUGUAAUAAACGUCGGGAAGUCUGCGCUCUUCAUCAGUCAACUAAUCUGAUACUAAGUACGAGUACGGUCUGCACCAUUUCCACGUUUCAGAUCGAGGUGUGUGUAAAACGUGCAAUGCAACGUGCCGUUGAUUUGUCGGAGCUGAUUUCUACCGUAAUUCGAGACGAUGCACAGAAGCGUGCCAAUUACCAGAAACCCGCUGGAUUUGAGCUGACAGUUAAUGCUCAGUUACUCACUACCAAGGAGGCUCAACCGAACGAACUUGUGGCUCCUGCAGUUGAACUAAUGGAGGAAUUCCUAGAGCUGGAGCAGCCAAGUAUCAUGAUAAAUCAAAAUCCAUUGGCUGGCAACAAUGUGUCUCAAUUCGAUGAAUCUCGUGAGGAAAAGGCUAUUGCUAGCCAGGUGGCGUUGAUAGCAGAUGGAGUAGACAACGUGUGCAUGGAGACGACUGCUCCUGCGUCUUCCGAAGUUGCAGCUGUUAGCAAUAGAAAGCGUGAGCAAGACGAAGUUGCCGAUUUGUUGGAUGAUUUGGAUAAUUUGGAUGGCGAGACAAUGGAACUCGAUCCUCAAGGGCCGUUACGCAGUUCUGGGCCAGAAGAGGAGAUUGAUCUGUUGAAAGCACGAAAAAAGCCAGCGGUUUUUCCUGAUGAGGACCAAAAAAGGUUAUGA